AUGGAACGUCCUGCAAAACGCCGCAAGGGCGACAAACAGGCCCAUAACCCUGAUCUGAUUAUGAUCGGGGGUAAACUUGUCGAUUUGGGGUUUUCAAAGGUCAAGAAAGUCGAGGCUACCGAAAAGACAAAAUCAACGGAGCAGCCCACGGCUGCAGCACAGCAAAAGGACGCUGCGCCCGCAACUGAAUCAGCUGCAAAUCCAAAAAGGCAGCCAAAGAACUCCCAGGCGCGGGUUGGAGGCGGGAAGAAUUUCAAGGCAAGAUCAGAAGCGGACACACCUCUGCUCAAAGCUCGCAAGCAGUUGCCGAUAUGGGCGCACAAGGACCAGAUCACGUCCAGCGUGCGGGACAAUGACGUUCUCCUGAUUGUGGGUGAAACGGGUUCGGGAAAGAGUACGCAGGUGCCACAGUUUCUAUGCCACGAGCGCUGGUGCCAGAGGAAAAAGGUCCAGGUCCCGGACAAGACGGACGCCGUCAACGUUGGCGGCGUCAUUGCCAUUACGCAACCCCGUCGGGUGGCCGCCACGACGCUCGCCAGCCGAGUCGCCAAGGAGAUGGGCACGCCCCUGGGCUCAACGGCGGGCGCGACGCGUGAGGGAUCUGUGGGUUACUCGGUCCGGUUCGAUCACAAUGUGCCCAAGGGCACCAAGAUCAAGUUCUUGACCGAGGGUAUGCUGCUCCAGGAACUACUGCGGGAUCCAAAUCUGCGUCAAUACAGCGCCGUCAUUGUGGACGAGAUUCACGAGAGAAGCGUGGACGUUGAUCUGAUUUCGGGCUUCUUGAAGCAGAUCGUCACUGGCGACAAGGCCGGUCGAGGUGGUCUGCCACUCAAGGUUGUGGUCAUGAGUGCCACGGCAGAUGUAGAGCGGAUAUCAGAAUUUUUCAGUCCAGCUGCAGAGGCUACAACAGAGAAGCGCUCUUCUGUCAAGGUACUCCAUAUCAAGGGACGGCAAUAUCCAGUCGAAGUCAAGCAUACACCAUCGCCAGUGCCGGAUCUGCGGGAAGGGCUCUUCAAUCAGAUCAGGACGAUACACGAACAAGAACCUCUACCUGGCGAUAUACUGGCUUUUCUUACCGGCCAAGAAGAUAUCGAAGCAUUGCAGCGGCGCCUCGAAGAGUAUGGCGCUGGCCUGGCCUCGGAUGUGCCAAAGAUUCUGGCUUGCCCACUCUAUGGCCAGUUGUCCGUCCAGGCCCAGCAAGCAGCAUUCCAGCCCGCACCAACAAAAUUUACGAGAAAGGUCAUCCUUGCCACCAACAUUGCAGAAACUUCCGUCACCGUCCCUGGAGUCAGACACGUGAUCGACUGUGGAAAAGCCAAGGUGAAGCAGUUCAGAUCGCGACUGGGCCUCGAGUCUCUCUUGGCAAAGCCGAUCUCCAAGUCGUCUGCCCUGCAGCGGACUGGUCGUGCGGGUCGUGAAGGCCCUGGCAAAUGUUUUAGACUCUAUACUGCGGAGACGUAUGAGGCAUUGAAGGAUGCAGAUCUCCCCGAGAUCCUGCGAAACGAUGUGCUCGGAGCUGUGCUGACAAUGAAGGCGCGUGGCAUCAAUGACGUCUUUUCCUUUCCCUUGAUGGACUUUCCCGACGUGGAAUCCGUCGAGAAGGCGCUGAUACAUCUCCACUUUUUGGGAGCCAUUGCUGAUGAUGGAGCCAUUACCGACAUUGGACGAAAGAUUGCUCUUUUUCCCGUCACAGCGCCGUAUGGUCGCGUGCUUUUGGCAGCGGCCGAGCCCCAGUUUGAUUGCCUUCUCGAAGUGAUCGAUAUAAUAGCCUGUAUCACGUCUGGCGAGAGUAUUUUCCACCAGAUGAAUUCCGAGGAGCAAGAUGAAGAGACGGAAGAAGCGCGCAAAGCCUUGUACCGAAGAGAGGGCGAUAUCCUUACCUAUCUCACGGCCAUGCAGCAGUACACGGCAGAGCACGCGGAUCGAGUGGACUGGUGCAAGAAGCGCAAGAUCAAUGUGCGCAACAUGAGGCAAGCCUUGAACAUUCGCAACCAACUCCGGAGCCAGUGCCUCAAGGACAAGCUGCUCAAGGAAAAACCCGAGGCGGACCCGGUCCCGUUUGUGCCGGUCUCUCCCGAGCGCGCAGAGGCGCUGAUCCAAUGUUUCCUCCGCGGCUUCGUCACCAAGUGUGCUCUGCUCGCCCCAGACGGCAGCUAUGUGACGACUCAGGGAAAGCACAUUGUCGCCAUACACCCUUCCAGUGUUCUCCAUGGACAAAAGAAGGAAGCCAUCAUGUUCUUGGAGCAUGUGUUUACGCAGAAGAAUUAUGCAAAAAAGGUCAGCGCCAUUCAGGCGGAUUGGAUCAUUGAGGCGUUGGGUGGCAAUUCAUAG